UCAGCCAACAAUUGCACAGAAGCACCAAGAGUGGAUGGACACUCAUCAUACUUACUCAUCUCAGGCAACAAGAGCAAUAAAGAAGCACUUUAAUUUACAGGCAUGGAUUGCAACAUGGUCAAAAUGAUCACACAUGGUGUGUUAGACAUCUUAAUUAACUUCUUUAUCUCAAAGUACAAUCAGCUACCUUCACUGAUAUUCAGGUUUAUUAUCUGGACUAAGCGUCUGAGUAUGGGUGUGAAGGUGAAGUAUCUUGACAGUGAGGGCUACCGGUUCAGAUACUUCACGCGAGGGAAGCCUGGAUCCCAACCAUCUGUGCUGAUGCUUCAUGGAUUCUCCCUCAACAAAGACAUGUGGUUAAAUACCAUUGGAGUCUUUCCUAAGGACCUCCACUUGAUCUGCCUUGAUCUGCCAGGUCACGGGGGAACCACUCGCUUGCUCGCAGAAAGUCACACGGCAGUUGCUCAAGCUAAAAGAAUACACCAGUUUGUCCAGUGUGCUGGCCUGAACCACAAGCCUUUCCACCUGGUUGGCAUGUCCAUGGGAGGCAUGGUUGCUGGGGUUUAUGCCGCUCUCUAUCCAGCCCACGUCUCCUCUUUAGCCCUCCUCUGCCCAGCUGGUCUGAAGAUUCCAAAACAAACCGAACUCUUUCUGUGGUUAAAAAAGCUAGUUUUAUCAAAGGAUCCUGCUGAGCCUGCUCUUGUUUCGCUUACUAAGGAGCGAAUAGAAAACUUCAUGAAAAUUUGCCUAUACCAACCCAGUUUUUUAAAGAUGCAGCUCCUAAAGGGAUACCUUGAGGAUCGGAAACCAAGUAAGAUGUUUUUUACAUUGUGUUUUCUGGACCUCACCAGCACUGAAUCGAAGUAUAGCCUCCAUGACAACAUGAGGAAAAUCAAAGCUCCCACCCAGAUCAUUUGGGGAAAGGAGGACAAGGUUUUUGAUUCUUCGGGUGCAGAAAUUCUGGCGGCUGCCAUUCCUAAUUCCCAAGUGCAUUGGCUGGAAAAAUGUGGACACUUCAUAACCCUCGAGAGACCCAGGACAUCUGCAAGGCUCCUCUUGGAAUUCUACAAAUCAGUCUGUGACUCAGCUGCGCAGAAGAAGGUGGCCUGAGGCUCAGGAAGUGCCAGAUGGCUGGAGACCGGCAAGACCCAUAUUAACUUCUUUGGCUGAUACAAUGGGAGCUACAACUAGAUACUUAGUAGGCAGCAGAGGAGGUGAAGACCUAGAGAAAAUAACCACCACCAUUCCAUAGACAGGUCAAGAAUUGAUCCAACUUUCUAAUGAAACUUGUACUUGUGUGUGUGUAGCAUUGUUGCGUUACUCCAUGUAGCUACGUUUACCUCUUCUUCACACCAAUUGCCUUUCCUCUGUUGUUGAAAUUGAGGCCUGAGCAAAGAAUAUUUCCAAAUAUGGUCAGAACAGCUUUUCAGAUUUCUGCAUUGUAAAGUUGUAUGGUUUCUGGCACAGUGACCCAGAACCAAAAUUUCCUCAAUUUUCUCCAAUAUCAAAGGAACAGCUCCAAAUAGGAAGAUAAAUCAGAUGUCAGACACUCCAACCUAUUGCCUCUGGAAUCUAUUUAUUUUAGGAACCCUGAUACCAAAAAGAUUCCAAUGAUGACAGAUAGAACAAGGCUGCUUGGCUGACUUCGUGCAACAGCCAAAGUCUGCUCUGAGAAAAGGAAAUUUUAGAUUAGCAGGGAGCAAAGGGUUUCAUCUCUACCUUGUCAAUCUAUCCCAGCAGGGCACUGGAUUUAAUUAUUUCAAUUGUAUCUUUCUACUUUUUACAGGAUUAAAAAUAGUUUUAAAAAUUCCUCCCUUGGGGGCAUGCUGAGCCUGCAAUAUAGCAAGGACUUUGUGGCAAUAUUUUGUACAAAUAUGUGAGUUAAAAACCCACUUCCCUAAUAUGGCGAGAAAGAAUAUCAGAUUAAGGUUUGAAAAUCAGUGAUCCUCAGUGCUGCGUCCACUGUUAAUUGCAUCUACUUUAAUUCUCUUGGAAGUGGUGAAUUGUUGUUUGGUACCUUCAAGUCAGUCUUUACUCCUGUUUACUGCCUGGAUUAUUCCUAAAGUUUUCUUCACAAAA